CUGUUAAAAUGAGGAGGGGGCGUAAUAAUUCACCGAGGAAUACCUAUACCUCAUGUGACUGUCUCUGAAAAACCGUGUUGCUCUGGUCGAUCAGUAAGCUUCUGCUGCUGCUGCUGCUGCUGACGACCCUGCUGAUGAAUAUGGAGAGGGUCCUUUUUUCCUGUUAUCUGCCAGUAUUGAUGUGAACUAGAGCUGGUGGUUAGACAGGAGGGGAAACACGCAGUCAGAGUAGUCGUCUUGUGCUUACAGAGCCAGGGCACUUCCAUCACGAUGGCUUGGAGAGGAGGGAGAACACGGCCGUUUUAUCGACCUAUUCAUUAUUUAAACUAAAGACGGGUGUUGUUUCUGACCCGAGGACUGAGAAGAAAAAAGAAAAGGUGAUGAGCUGGAUGGUGCCAUGUGAAUAAUGAACACCAUGAAGCCAUCACACAAGGCGCUGUUCAUCCUGUGCCCCACGCUGGUCCUGGGCUUUAUUUACUACUCCUCCGGGAAGCUGCAUCUACACGUAUGGGGCCAGAAGCCUCAGAGUGAUGCAGAAGAGACAACUGUAGUCCUGACUAAAGGGGCAGAAGUGAAAAGAAUUCCAGAGUCGGAAACGGACCUCACCGGGGGACGAAUAGUAGGCUCAGUGUAUGAUAAGCAGGGCUUUCUGCUGCAGUUGGACACAAAACUGCCACAGGAGUUGGCGUACAAGUAUGGCAACCUCAGCGAAGGAGUGUGCAAGCCGGGAUAUGUAGCAGCCAAGAUGACCACCAUCUAUCCUAAGUUCAUGAAAGUAGCACCCAUGUUUCUUGAUCGGAACUUCAAACGUCUUGCAAAAGUCAGCAAUUACUUACCUCCGUUUGGAUUCAAAACACAAGAGAGAGUCAUAGACAGCAUUCUCACUGCCACAAAAAAUUACGGGCUCGGGGAUCUGGACAGCCUCAGCUGUAAAAGAUGCAUCAUUGUGGGCAACGGGGGAAUCCUGUUCAACAAGUCUCUGGGCUCCCGUAUCGAUGAAUACGAUGUCAUAGUGAGGUUGAAUGAAGCCCCAGUAAAAGGUUUUGGCAAAGAUGUGGGGACCAAAACCACCAUUAGGAUUACCUAUCCAGAGGGAGCAAUCCAGAAGAGUGACAACUAUGAAACAGACUCCCUUUUUGUUUUUUCUGCUUUCAAACCACUGGAUUUCAAGUGGCUCAGACAGAUGGUCUUCAAGGAGAAACUGAGGGGCACGGAGGGUUUCUGGAAGUCGGUGGCUCAGUAUGUGCCUCGGGAGCCCACGGAGAUGAGAAUCCUCAAUCCCUACUUCAUCCAGGAGGCUGCCUUCCAGUUCAUAGGCCUGCCCUUAAACAAUGGCCUCAUGGGCAAAGGGAACAUUCCAACUUUGGGAACAGUUGCUAUAACGAUGGCGCUUCAUAACUGCGACGAGGUUGCGGUGGCGGGUUUCGGCUACGACAUGAACACACCUCACGCACCUCUACACUAUUACGAGACCGUCAAGAUGUCCGCCAUUAAAGAGUCUUGGACACACAACAUAUCCAAGGAGAAGGAGUUCCUGCGCAAGCUGGUGAAGGCCAACAUCAUCACAGACAUGACCAACGGUAUCUGAGUUUACAGUCUCCUUCUGCCUUCCCCAAAGGACUACGAAACAGGAAACGUAGAAAUGGAUCCACUCUGGGAGAAAGAACCCUUUAGAAUCCGGGUGGCCUGUCUUUUUCAUAUCAAAGGAGAUUAUUUAACAAAAAUAACAGAAAAUACAGAUACAGGAGGGUUUCUGUGGAGAGAUGUGCCUUCUGAACCAAAGACUCCUGCUGAUUGAAGCAGGGAGCAGGGGGGUGGGGUUGGACACGGAGGACUGGUUCUGCCUGGUUCCUGUCUUUAUCGAAGGACAGUGGCGGCAAGGCUCUGUGGCCCCGCUCUCUAAACGCUUACCACUUCACCCCCUGAAGUAUCACAUGAAUGAAUAAUAAAGUGUGUUUGACAUGUCGGGAUCUAGCUCUCUGGCUGCCUUGCUGAAGGGACAGAAAAGAAAGAGGAGAGCGUUGCGGGGGGGGGGGGGGGGGCUCCAUUAUUAGCAGUGCCAAACGUACCUCGUUCAGGGGAGAGGCCGUCCUCCUCCUUUUUGCUGCCUGAAUGUAUUCACUUUCCUCAGUGUAAAUAUCAAAGAUUUUUACUGUGCUUUUUAACAAGCUGGGGCAGCAACCCCCCCCCCCCCCCAAAAUCCCCACCCGCCAUUCAUUCAUAAACUUUUGUACUGCCUGUCUAGGGUCCAAAAUGAAUUCUUGCUAAACCAGUUGACACUAGAUAAAUCAGCGGGGGGGUCACCUGCCACACAGCCUGGUGUCACUCGUUAAAUGUCGGGUGUGUGUGAGUUUCUCUGUGAAGUCUUUGUAAGGGAAUAAUAUCAGAGGCUCUAUAAAGGUGUUCUUUCUGCACAGCUACACAGAGGCUGCUUACAUCAGACCCCCAAACAUAUGAGGCGGCUGUAUAAGAUUAUUUACACAGGGAACAUGUAUAUGAACUCGAUCAUUUUUAUUCUGGGAUUUUUAAUUAAGAAAGAUGAGUCCACAAGUUAAAUUCGGACAUCUUCCUCUCUUUGUAAAUCUCUCUUCCUCUCGCCUCGGCCACGUCACGAUACUGUCUUCAUCGCUUCAUCAGCUGCAGAGCCUCCGGGCCGCAGACGCACAGGAGCGUGUCCCGCCCUGGUCAAGGAGAACACGUCCUGUAUGUCGGAUCCCUCCUCCAUCCCCCUUCCUCCCAUUGCUGCACAUUUUCGUGUUCUUCUGUUAGUGGUGAAAUCUCGGAUAGUAGAAUGUAAAUAUAUAUAUUUUUGAUUUUAGGUCAAUAGUUAUUAUUUAUUUUGUAUUGUUGCUCAAUCUCAACGUUUUUUUCGGUCACAGGCAGGCCUGCUUUCUGUUGUUUUUGUUCAAAGGAAAGUACUUUUCCUCUCACCACCGUGUUUCCGCAGAGACAGUAUCAUCUUUUUAAGUUUGUGGCAGAAGCAGUGUUGUGAUCUAGCCAAAUGGAUUCAAUAAUAAAUGUUCGACAGCCAGCCUUUACGACCGUGCUUAGAAACGUGCUAUAAAUCAAGUGGUAUCUGGGUUGGUAAUUGCCACGCUCAAUCGCCAAUGAGCAUGAUAGAUGUGCUGAAGGUACCACACUCAUUUUAGUAUUCCAACACUUCACAGACACAGAAAAUGUUCAGUAUUACACAAUCAAACCCUUUGCCUCUCCUUCUGCUUCCGCCUCCUCAUGCAAAAGAUGCGAGAAUGUCAAAAAGUCAAAUCUGUUUUCCUUUUUGUCAUUUUAUCAAGUCAAUGCUGUAAUCAUUUUUAUAUCGUGAUGGUGCAUUGCAGGGUUUAGUUUAAACGUUGUUUGUCGAAUGAAAUUGAAAUGAAGAUUCCUUCUUCUUUUGAAAGUGCAUAUUUACACAAAGACUCUCUUCCAUUCCUGUCGAUCUGCUGCAGUUGUGUCUGUUUCAUUGCUUCCUGUUCUCCAUUUACUUUGUUGCAGCAGCGGAUCCUCCCUGGUCCCUGUUGAGAGCAAAGGCACAGGGGAACAGCUGACCAUUGCACUAUCACGAGGCGCUCUCAGUGCCUUACACCUCAUCCCCUGGAAACUGUAGCGAGGAGUGCACCAGUAAGAUCAGCUCCGGGUCAGGACAGGUCCCUCUUCACUUCUGUGAUUUGGGUCCAGUCCAUUUCAUAUCCGUGCUGUAUAUACAUUAUAUGCAGUGUGGGAAGACCUGAAGCUCUGUACUUGUUGUUUUGUGUGUUUUAGCCCAAGUAAAUAGUCCAGUUUAUUUGUGAUUAAGGCAGCUAAACAAGUGUAUUACUAAACGUGGUUCCUCCAUGGUUCCGUUUCAAUACUUUGAUUUUAGGCAGCUUACAUUAUAGGGACACUACACCAUUUUAUCAGCCUGUAGGAACCUGUAUAAUGUCUGUAAUAUCUUUGUAAAGUCUGAGGAAAUGUAGCUCUUUUGUUUUUUUCAAUACUGGGGAUUUAAAGUCCGGAUACUUAUCUCUCUGCUGCUACGAUUUUGAUUCAAUUUCUUUUUUCAAUCAGUCUCUUGUGAGACGCCCUUUUUUAUGUCAGUGUUAAGCCAAAUCACCGGAGAACCUCUUGAAUUCUUGAACGUGAAAACAGCCUUCAAUAAAAAUUUGAAGCUGGUCUCUGCUGACUGCCCGAGGACCAUAUCACUAUAAUGUGACUUGACAAAGAAGAAAGGAGACUGUCAUAGAAUAUGUCAAGCAAACAGGUUCGAUUUAUAGUGUUCUGAAAUAAUUUGAAAAAAGUGGCUCCUUUGAAAUCCAUCUGAAAUAUCAUCGUGUUUUUUGGGGGAAAAAGGUCAUUAAUAAAGUAUGUGUAGUCAGUGGGCUAAAACACACCAAACCACCAGUACGGUCCUGAAAGCUCUGAGACUAAGCAGACCCUCAGUUGGAGUUUCUUCUUCGUUUUUUUUUUCUUCUUCUAAGGUUAUGAAUUUUUACGCAUGCUGGAGGAGUUCAAAUAAGUUGGACCCAAAUCGCCUCAUCUUCAUAACCUGUUCAUGUUAAAGCAGAAUGUAUUUGCUUUGAUCAUCGUUCAUAUUUAAAAAGCUUUUCUGUUUUUCAUUCCACCAUGAUCAGAAGGAAGUCAAAGUGUUACCUUUUUAUAUACAGUUAUAAAUGGCUUUCUGCAACUCAAUAAAUACAUUUGUAAUGGA